CCGUUUUCCCAUAUUUUUGUGGAACCGUAACUCUGCCUGUUUUAACGCACUGUGCGUUUAUUCUGUGUCGUUGGUGUUUGUGCAUUGACGUUUAAUGUUAUGAUUUUUUAUUGUUCCUGGUUGCAAUUUAUUAAAAGUAAGCUAAAGUUUAAGGUGCCAGACAGUUUUGCCGACAAUCCAUACUCAUUUAAAUGUUAUCUGUGUUUUCUUGGAUACAUGUUAUACAGAAAGCUGAAUAAUAAGGACCAGUUAGGUUUUUUUUUCUGUGAUGGAGACUAAAGAAGGAGAAGAAGAAGAAGAAGAAGAGUGUGAGAAAUGUGAGGCUGUUAAACUGUCACAUGACAUUUUUCAUGCACCAUCAUUAAAAGAUAAAGGAUACAAAGUGGGAGAGCUUCACACACUGCUCUCAGAUGCUGGAGUUUAUUCAUAUGCUGCAAUCUGUGCCUUGGCUCUGCAUGAGUUAUAUGACAAUGCGUGGGAUCAGAAGUUCAAUCAUCAGUGCAUAAAACUCAUCCUUGAACACUUGCAUUUACCCAAGCAGGUUGAAGCUGUGAUGAUUAGUCUGAUCGAGGGCCAGGGAAGCCAGUCGCCUAAUGCUUAUGUGGAAUUGUUAUUAAGUGAACCAACGCUUAAUGGAAAAGCUUUAUUGGUCAUAGAGGAUCUUAUAAUGGUAGCUGUUCAUGGAGGAGAGUAUGAUGCCAGAUUACGUGUCCUAAUUCGUCAUGUUGCCAAAUUGCUAGAUGUAGCACCGGAACUUAUUGAUUUUUAUGAAGAAUCAGCUGUGGACUAUCUGACAGAUGACCAGAAGGAGAUUACUGAAGAUGAGAAGAAAGAGCAGAGUCUUCGCCAGCGCACAAAGAAAAUAAAACGAUAUGCUCUGAUAGGCUUGGCAACACUUGGAGGCGGCGCUGUGUUAGGACUGACCGGUGGCUUGGCAGCAGCUCCUUUGAUCGGUGCUGGAGUCGGCACAUUUCUUGGAGGAGCUAGCGCUGCGGCUCUCAGUUCGACAGCCGGCGCAGCCAUAAUCGGCUCUCUGUUUGGUGUGGCAGGAGCUGGUCUGACAGGGUUCAAAAUGAGGAAGAGGGUUGGUGAAAUUGAAGAAUUUGCCUUUGGAUGCCUGACACCACGAAACCCAGACGAUUCUGAUGAGACGAAUGACCCGGAUGAGGGAGCAUCAUCAAUCCACAACACGAUCAACAGCGAUGCUACUCCCCAAAUCAUGACACAACAGCUUCAUAUUACAAUCGCCAUAUCUGGCUGGCUUUCCGAUGACCACCGCGACAACUUCACUAGGCCAUGGAGGUCCCUGUUUAGUUCACGUGAACAGUAUUAUCUCCGUUAUGAGUCUGCUUAUUUGCUUGAGCUGGGGAAGGCCAUGGAUUUAAUCCUCAGUUUCGCUGUUUCCAUGGCAGCGCAGGAGGCACUGAAAUAUACGGUACUGGCAGGUCUUAUAAAUGCAAUAGCAUGGCCAUCUUCACUAAUCACUCUCGCAUCAGUGAUUGACAAUCCGUGGGGCGUGUGUUGUCGUCGAUCGGCCGAGGUCGGGAAACAGCUCGCCGAGGUUCUGCUCUCCCGUGAACAGGGUCAGAGACCGGUCACACUCAUAGGCUUCAGUCUGGGUGCACGAGUCAUAUAUUAUUGUCUCCGUGAGAUGUCGCAGCGAGACAGAUGUGAAGGAAUAGUACAGGAUGCCAUUCUCCUUGGUACACCUGUGACAGGUGCUCCACAGGACUGGCAGAAGCUCAUGAGGGUGGUGUCUGGAAAGAUUGUUAACGGUUACUGCAGGAGUGACUGGUUGUUGAAGUUCUUGUACCGCACGCUGUCCAUGUCUAGUAAUGUGGCAGGAUUGCAUCCGGUUGUCGUGCGCGACCGGCGAAUGUUCAAUGUUGAUCUAAGUGAUAUUGUUUCUGGCCACGGUGAGUAUCCAGAGAAGAUCGAUGCUAUAUUGAAAGCUGUUGGAGUCAGAACACGGGAUGAUAUCGAACACCUUGAGGUCGGAAGACUUUUUAAGUCUUCCGACCUUCCAGGGAAUGAACAAGCGAAGAUUUCACUGCUUUCUUUAAGGCUUUCAAAAUCAGACAAGUCUUUGCACCUCAAGCUUCAUGAGGAAUGUUCAAACGCUGAUUCAGCUUCAGUGACUACGGAGACCGCAACAGAUGCAUCAGCAAUGUGUAAUGCUGUUGUUACUUCUGGGACUGUUGAAGCAAAUCGCAAUUUAUCUCCUGCUGCAAACAUCGACGACAACGAAUGCACAAUAGACGCAGCAGAUGAAGCCGUGGAGUCAUCACCACCAAAACAAUCCGCAGAUGAAAGCGAAGAUUAACAGCUAUCCUCUACGUCACAUGGUUCCAGGUUAUGAAUACACAGUAUUAUACGGAGAUGUGCAAACAGCAGGGUUCUGUUAUCUUUGGUUCACUUCGAUUCUUAAUACAUUGGUACUAAAAUUUUAAUAUUCUAGAGAUAUUUGUUUGUUAUAUGUUAAGAAAUGCAUACUGAAGGAUACAGAGAGUUUUAAUUAAGAAAGUGUGUCUCGGUCUAAGGUACGUGCAUAAUUUCAAUAUGAAUAUCUGUACCAAGUUGAAUGCCGAUUUUUUCAAUACAUUGUAAAUAAACAAAACUUCAACAGGCAUAAUGGAUCAGUAAAAGAAAUUGUGUAACUUUGAUUUCAUACGUGUUUUUGACGAUCUUAACAUACAAACUUGACACAGGUGAGGAUCACUCAGGUUUAUGUGAUCUUUGAAUUAAUUUCACGCAUGAAAUGGUUCUUUUCAAACUUAUAAAACAUGUUUUAGUAAUUACAGUAAAACUUUUAGACACAUUUAUUAAAGUUUAGUCAGCAAAUUCGAAAGAGGGUCGUUGUCUGGCUUUGGGCAAAGAAUAGAGCAAUGUUCUGAAUCGCAUGAUACGCCAUUUAGGUACCACUACAUUAGUAUGUAAUGCUUUUUUACUUAACAUUCAUUUGUCCUAAUUAAGAGAUAAUUUAUGCAUUCACUGACAAUAUAGAAUACGACCAGUGAGUCUAGUAGCAGCGCAUCGGAAACCAAAAACCAGCUAAAUAAAAAUAAACGGCAUAACCUUUCAUUAUGACGUAACUAAAUUCAUGAUGGAAUGUCUUCUUGAGCAGGGAUUUUUAUUUAACUGAUCAAGAAAUUCGCUGCCAAGUGACAUGAAGGUCCAUCACUGUAUUAUAUAUCAUUUUUCUCUUUGAAUCCAGUUUAAUAUUGCAUAUCUGCCUCUGUUGUUUGUCACAUCUCUUCCCAUAAGCAUUUAUAACAACAAUUUGUAUGUAUUUCUUGUUUUAUGUAUUUGCUAUGUGUCUAGCGCAUCGUAUCAUGUUUUUUAAUUACUCCUACAGAAUCAGGUAACAGUACAAAGUAUGAAGUUUGUUGCAACUUUUUUCCCACACACUGUAGCUUUUAAUACACAAUACGUAUAUCUUCAAGAAUAUUUUUACAUUGUUCUUAUGGGUUUGGAAUUACUACAGUUUGCAUAUCCGAAGAGAAUGGGUUUUGUUACAAAUGACUUUGCUGGUAUAAAUUUGUUAUAUGAAAAGUAAGGAUUUUCUCAUCAUACAGGGAUGUUAACAAAGUGUAUGUUGUACUUGAAUAUUCUUGUCCAAAUUCACGGCAGACAUCUGUAUGAAAUUUCAUAAACUCAUGGCCUAUGUCCCAAAACAUGAUUUUUACAAGGUACUAUUGUCUGUUUGAUCCUACACGAUGUUGCAGAUGUGACUAUUAGAAUAAGAAAGAAUGCUGUACAAACGUAAGCCAUACUUUUUCCAAAAAAAAAAUACAUAUCAUAAUUGAGAAGUAGAAGUUUUAAGGUAUUAAAGUAUAAUUUGAAAAAUGUAUAGGAAUCUAUACAUUUUCAACUACAGAAUAUCCAGAGUUCCUAGUCCAGUAAAAGUUAACAUUAAUUUAUUUCAAAGAGAAUUUGUUGAAGGACAAAGGCAAUCUAUUGCAGCUUUAAAAUUUUUCGAUAGGUUGUAUAAAAUAUAGAUAUUAAAUAUUUCACAUUGUAAAAAAAAAAUGUUGAUCGUCAGCAUGUCAAAUUAUUUUAUUCAUAGGCGUAUUUGAUAAUGGAACAUUUCAGGAAGAAAAGCAUUUCACUCUACACUAAUGAUAGGUGCUUAUGCUGUUUUUGAAUGAAGAGUAAAUCACAUGUAUUUUUAUAGUAUAAAAACAUAGAUCGCUAUUUUGCAUAAUAUAUUGUAGUACUUUUGAGAUGGCAUAUAUUAUUUCUUUAACAAGUGUUGUCAGUGCAUUACAGUCGAAACAGAACAUAUCAGAUCAUUCCUUCCUAUAAUGACGAAGAAUAUAGCCUGUUUACAAUUUGUAUGAUUAGAAUAAUGAAGUGUGUUUGUGUAUUCAAUAUCUGAAGAAACAAGCAUAAUUAUUUGAGAUGAUAUAAUGAUUGUUA